CUUUGGGACCGAGAACAUCCUUAAUUAUCAUUAAUAUCACCAAAGCAAUUAAGGAUGUGAAGAAUUAGUACCCUUUUGACUCCACACCUUCAAUAACAGCAGAGUAUACAAAUUUUUUCUGUCAACUCCUUGUGUCAAUAAUUCCACAACCUAGGCUACUCUGUUCAAGCACGUACUGCUCUUUCAAGUAUUUACUUCAUAUGAUUUGUUCAAGCUAGCUUAAUACAAACCCUCUGAAACUCCAUCUCUCUCCUGAUUUCCAAAAAUGGUUGCCAUGAUCAUUGCAUCCACACUCCGAUCUCCAAAGCUUCACUUCCUACUUGUUCUCUUCCUUCUCUUAACCCCUCCUAUAACACCAUUAAACUUCAGCUUCUCCAGCUUCAGUGGUGCUGACUUCGCCACUAUACUUCCAGAGGGCGAUGCGUAUUUGGACCCCCAAUUCCUCCGCCUCACCAAAAGCGCUGUGGACCAAGAAAAGAGCGGCAGUGUCGGCCGAGCCACUUUCCGCCAACCCUUCCUCCUCCGGGAAAACGCGACCGGAAAACUGGCUGAUUUCACCACCAAUUUUAUCUUCGCCAUCGACUCCAAUCACAGCGUUAACUAUGGCGACGGCCUCGCGUUCUUCAUAGCCCCAAAUGGCUCCUUCCUCAACGCCACACUAGGCAAGGGUAGCAGUCUCGGCCUCCCUUUCGACUCCACACCUUCAAACGACACCAGUAUUGUGAGGAAUCAGUACCCUUUUGUGGCGGUGGAGUUUGAUAUCUUCCCAAACGGGAAGCAGCCAGCCUUCGACGACCCCAACUUCCCUCAUGUAGGUAUCGACGUCAACUCCCUCAACUCUUCUAUUACCAGCUGCUGGGAUGGCGGUAUAAUGGUUGGCAAACCAAAUAGUGCUACCGUUACUUAUAAUUCCACUACAAAAAAUCUUAGUCUAGCCGUCACUAGUUUUGAUUACAAUUAUAUCGAACUAGAGAUGAAACAUAUUUACUAUAUUAUUGAUCUGAAUGAUUAUCUGCCUGAUUGGGUCGUUGUGGGGUUCUCUGCUUCAACGGGUAGCUCUGUUUCUCUUCAGAAGAUCAUCUCAUGGAAUUUCACUUCCACUUCACUCGUUGAUCACGAGGUUGAUGCUGCACCACCACCGGCGGUGGUUGCAGUUCCUGCAUCAAACCCCAUGGCUGGUUCUGCUUAUCGAAGUAAGCGCAUAGGACUAGUAAUUGGGUUGGGAGUUGGAGGAUGUGCUGUCGUGGUUGGUGGGUUGGGUUUGGUUUUGUUCAUUUUGUGGAAGAAGAGGGAAACAGGAGAAAGUAGUGAUGAAGAUCCCGUGGUUCAUGAAUUGGUUGACAACGACUUUGAAAAGGGGGCUGGUCCCAGGAAGUUUUCGUAUAGGGAAUUGGCUCAGGCGACGAAUAACUUUGGUGAGGAAGAAAUGCUUGGAGAGGGAGGAUUUGGUGGGGUUUACAAGGGCGUUAUACCAGACUUGAAGUCACCCGUUGCUGUUAAGAGGAUGUCGAGGGGUUCUAAACAAGGACUGAAGGAGUAUGUCUCGGAAGUGAAGAUCAUUAGUCGACUUAGGCAUCGCAAUCUUGUUCAACUGAUUGGUUGGUGCCACGAAAGAAAAUUUCUACUUGUGUAUGAGUUCAUGCCCAAAGGCAGCUUAGACUCUCAUUUGUUCAAAGAGCAAAGCGUGUUAACUUGGGAGGCAAGAUACAAAAUUGCUCAAGGCUUGGCCUCCGGAUUGUUCUACCUACACCAACAAUGGGAGCAAUGUGUGCUACAUAGGGAUAUCAAGUCCAGCAAUAUUAUGUUGGAUGCGAACUUCAGUUCGAAGCUUGGGGAUUUUGGGUUAGCAAGGCUUGUGGACCACGGACAAGAGCCGCAAACGACGGCAUUGGCUGGAACCUUGGGUUACAUGGCUCCCGAAUAUGUUGUCACAGGAAAGGCUAGCAAGGAAUCAGAUGUCUACAGCUUUGGAAUUGUUGCUUUGGAGAUUUGUUGCGGGAGAAAAUCUAUCGAUCCAAAGUUUGGAAGUAGUAAGGUCAAUCUGGUUGAGUGGGUUUGGGAGCUUUAUGGAGAGGAGAGAGUUAUUGAAGCAGCUGACCCAAAAUUAUGUGGAGAUUUUGAUGGGCAACAAAUGGAGUGCCUGAUGAUUGUUGGCUUGUGGUGUGCUCAUCCGGACUACAAGAUGAGGCCUUCAAUACAACAAGCCAUUCAAGGGCUCAACUUUGAGGCUCCAUUGCCGAAUCUCCCAUCAAAGAUGCCGGUGGCCACCUAUUUUGCUCCUCCGAGAUCGCUCUCAAAGUCGGGUGGUGCUUCUGGUUCUCAAGGAGGGCAAACUGAAUCUUCAGGCUAAGCCUACAACACCAAUUCCUCAGACUUCACAGGAUCUUCUUCUGCAACAAAUUCCCAUUCGAUAAAUCUCACUUGGGUCGUAAUGUGAAAAUUAUAUGAGAAGUUACACGUUGACAUGAACGGAUUUUGGACAAAGAUAAACGAUGGCGCCUUGUGCCGGCUUUGAGGGGGAGCAACUUGUCCAAUUGCAGGGCCCCCACCUCUAAAGGACCCUCAACUUUUGGCUGAUAUAUGGUUAGAUUAAUUAACUCUGCGAUCUGAUUACUUUGUUUUUCGUUUAGGCUGAGAGAAUGGAGUGGGAGAUAGAGAGAUUAAAGAAAGAAUGUAUGGAUUUUUAAUUUCAAAAUUUUAAUAUUAUUUGU